UCUCCUCUUUGGUGAUGGAAACCUCAGAAGGAGCUGAACUCUGUUUUCCACAGCUAAACUCCUCCUGCAAGAAGCCUACACAUGCUUACACUGAAGUCAUGCUGAUUUAUUUUCUGCUUUCCUUCAUUUCUUUGAUCACCGUGGCUCUUAACCUCCUGGUCAUCAUCUCCAUCUCCCACUUCAGGCAGCUCCACACCCCCACCAACCUCCUCAUCCUCUCUCUGGCUGUCUUAGACCUUCUUGUGGGCCUCCUGCUGAUGCCGGUUGAAAUCAUCUACUUAGAAGCAUGCUGGUUUCUUGGUGACGGCCUGUGCACUGUCUAUUAUGUUGCAGACUACAUCAUUACCUCUGCCUCAGUAGCUAACAUGGUGCUCAUAUCAGCUGACCGCUAUAUAGCUAUUUGUGACCCUCUGCAUUACCCCAACAAAGUCACUAAGAAAAGAACACAAAUUUGUGUUUGUUUUUCUUGUGUUUGUUGUGUUUUCUAUAGGAUUCUCCUUUUAAAUGACCACCUGGAAAAACCAGGCAGGUCUAACUCCUGUUUUGGAGAGUGUGUGGUUGUAAUCCAUUACAUUGCAGGUGUUGUAGACCUUGUUUUCACAUUUAUCAUACCCAUUACUGUCAUCAUAGUUCUGUAUAUGAGAGUAUUUCUGGUGGCUGUGUCUCAGGCUCGUGCAAUGCGGUCUCAUAUUACAGCUUUAACAGCCCAACGUUCAGGGACUGUAACUGUGAAGAAAACUGAGAUGAAAGCAGCCAGGACUCUUGGUAUUGUUGUAGUUGUGUUUCUGUUUUGUUUCUGUCCAUACUUUUACCCUGCUCUGUCCGGUGUAGACACUUCAGUCGAUGCUUCAUCUGCAAUCUUUGACACCUGGCUGGCACAUUUUAAAUCCUGUUUGAACCCUGUCAUCUAUGCCUUUUUCUACCCUUGGUUCAGAAGAUCUAUUAAACUCAUCCUGACACUUCAGAUACUGAAGCCUGGCUCCCGUGAUGUUAAAAUACUAUAGUGACACACAGGGCUGUUUAAGCUUUGUCUUUAAACUAAGAUGUUCUUUAUGAAAGGGCAAAUAAAAUAUCUAGGAUCAAGUAAAAACCUGUUGUUCUUUAAUUGUAUACUGCAUAUGUGUACAUACAUUAAACAAUUCAAAUAUUAA